AUGGCUCCAUCUACUGUGCGAGUCGCUGUCACCCAGCACGAGCCUGUGUGGCUAGACCUUGAUGCCACGGUUCAAAAGACUUGCGAUAUCAUCGGCGAGGCAGCGAAGGGCGGUGCUAAGCUCGUCGCGUUUCCGGAGGUAUGGAUACCAGGAUAUCCCGCGUGGAUAUGGAACCGCGUUGUGGAUUUUGAGCUCGGUGUGAAGUAUGUGGAAAAUUCUACGGCAAUCGACAGCCCACAGAUGCGAAAGAUAUGCGAUGCCGCUGCGGAGCAUGGGAUCAGCGUCGCACUUGGCUUCUCCGAGAGGGCAGGCAAAUCUGUUUACAUCGCGCAGGCUCUCAUCGGCGAUGACGGCAAGAUCAAGGUCCGGCGGAGGAAGAUGAAGCCUACGCAUAUGGAGCGAACGAUCUUUGGCGAUGCCUCGGGUGAAUGCCUAAGUGAAGUCGUUGAUCUACCAGGAGUAGGGAGGACCGGUCAGCUCAGCUGCUGGGAAUCCAUUCAACCUCUCUUGAAGUACUACACGUUCAACCAACAGGAAGAUAUACAUGUUGCAGCGUGGCCUCCCCUGGACAACUUCGUGGAUGGCUCGCCCGGAUUCUGGUCCAUGUCACUCGAAGGCUGUCGCGGACUUUCACAAACUGACAAGGCGAUCGAUGAGGUGUUCAAGAACCGCGGGACGCCAGUGAUGGGAAGCUCAAACAUCGGAAGCUCAGCCGUGAUCGCACCAGACGGCAGAAUCCUCACCUCGCCUGGACAGAACGAGCAGCUUGUGUUCGCUGAUCUUGAUAUGAGCCUGGUCACCAAAGCCAAGACUUUCGCCGAUGCUUCCGGACAUUACUCUCGACCAGACUUGUUGUGGCUCGGAGCUGACCCGAAAGGGAAGUCAACCGUCAAUGUCUGA